CACGAUCCUUCUUCUAUAAUAGAACACCACGUGACCUGUGACUUCGAUGACAAAGUUUCCCGCCGCUGGAGGACAUCUUUGCCUGUGACCUUCCGACUUCAGAAACACACAGGGUGACGACGUGUGUCCAGGAAGCCGUCACUCCCACCGAGUCGUUCUUCCGUCUGCUGGACGACUACGAUCACAGGAUCAGGCCCAACUUUAACGGUGCGCCUGUUAACGUGACGUGUGACAUCUUCGUGCAGAGCAUGGGGUCGGUGAAGGAAACCACGAUGGACUACAUCAUAAACGUGUUCUUCCGCCAGCGCUGGAACGACCCCCGCCUGUCCUUCACGCAGUUUAACGAGACGCUGACGCUGGACGCAAGUGUUGUCGGGAAAAUCUGGGUCCCGGAUGUCUUCUUCGUGAACGAGAAGGGCGCGAACUUCCAUGACGUCACGACGGCGAACCGGAUGCUGCGAGUGGACCCGACAGGCACCAUACUCUACAGCACGAGGCUGACCUUGACCCUGGCGUGCCCUAUGAACCUGUACAGGUUCCCUAUGGACAGACAACAGUGCGGCCUCAAGAUGGAGAGCUACGGAAAGACGGAAGCAGACAUCAUGCUGCACUGGAAGUGGACCCGGCCGGUGGAGUUCGACACUUCCGUGGAGCUGCCGCAAUUUUACGUGGAGAACAUCAGAACAAACAGGACAGUACAGAACUAUAACACAGGGCAGUACACGCGUCUGACGGCGACCUUUGACCUGCAGCGGCAGAUGGGUUUUUACCUGAUCCAGGUGUACAUUCCCACAAUGCUUAUCGUCAUCCUGUCCUGGGUUUCCUUCUGGAUCAACAUCGAGGCUGCGCCGGCCCGCGUCGCCCUGGGAAUCACCACGGUUCUGACCAUGACGACCCAGGGUUCGGCCCAGGGCGGUGACGUCAAAGUGUCGUACGUCAAGGCCAUUGACAUCUGGCUGGCGGUGUGCCUUCUGUUCGUCUUCGCAGCGCUGAUCGAGUUCGCGGCCGUGAACUUCAUGUCCAGGCAGGACAAGAACCACGACAAAAGGAGGAAGGACAAGGACGAGCCCGACAAAAAUGAAAACGGAAAAGUUAUUCCCCAGCGGGAGGACUACGCCACCUUGCGGCAGCGCACAUGGCUGCACCACGUGAAGAACGUGAGUUUAAAAGAAGAGGCGCCGCCUAGCGAGAAAAGUGAGAAGUGCAGCGGUCAGCAGAGACCAGCGCCGGAGCGGGAAAGGAACAAGUCCAUGGAUCGCGCCAAGAACUUGGACCGCCUGUCGCGCGGGCUAUUUCCGCUAGGGUUCUUCCUCUUCAACCUCAUGUACUGGAACGCGUACCUGCUCUUACUGUGAGCCGAGUCAAGACUUUCCCCUGAACGCAGAAGCACCUUGCAGAAAAAAUUCAAUAUUGCAGAAGAAGAUUUGCUACUUGAUGCUUUAUUGGGAUGUCCAUUAUUUUGUGAAACUAAUCUUCCUGGAUUCCAACAGUUACAAAAAACAACAACAUUACAUAAACUUCACAAUCUUAUAAAAGCGACAUUAGACUUCUACACCACUUGACUUCCACACAACAAGAUUCAAGCAACCUGUAAUUUUACUGACUGAAAAACCAGACUUGGGUGUUGGUACAGUAUUGUCUAAUAGUAAGAGUGUUUGUAUUUAAUACUGACUCUAUGACUAAUUAUGUAUGUUUUUUUCACAUUGUAUGUAAAACGUUUUCCAACAUGAAAUUUCGUAUGGGUUCAGCUCAAGGCAAUAAGCGUGUAUUCCAAAUUACAGAACAACAUUUUUAAAUUCUGCAAUUUCGGAACAUUAAAGAUAUUUCUACCAUUGUCGAAGUGAACGUUACCAGUGUUCAGUGUCUGAAAUCCUUAUAAAACAUACAGAAAUGUCCCUCAGUAUAACAAGCUACACAAAGUUUCAGCGUGGAUGAUGCCAGGGUUUUCUGCAAUAAACCAGACAUUUGUUCAUUUA